AUGGCGGCCGCAGGCAAGUUCAACCGGAGUAACCCGGCGGUUAAGCGGAUCCUGCAGGAGGUGAAGGAGAUGCAGUCUAAUCCUUCCCCCGAUUUCAUGGCCCUGCCUCUCGAGGAGGACAUUUUUGAGUGGCAAUUUGCUAUCCUGGGGCCUCGAGACAGCGAAUUUGAGGGAGGAAUCUACCACGGAAGGAUCCAGUUGCCCUCAGACUACCCGUUCAAGCCACCAUCCUUCAUGCUGCUCACGCCAAGUGGAAGAUUUGAGAUUCAGAAGAAGAUAUGUUUGAACAUAUCAAAUUACCACCCCGAGCAUUGGCAGCCAUCAUGGAGUGUACGCACAGCACUAGUAGCAUUGAUUGCUUUCAUGCCAACAAAUCCUGGUGGGGCAUUGGGUUCACUGGACUACAAAAAGGAAGAUAAACGAGCGCUCGCCAUCAAAUCACGUGAAACACCACCAAAAUUCGGCUCCCCAGAACGCCAAAGUGUAAUUGACGAGAUCCAUGAGCAAAUGCUAAGUAAAGCUCCACCAAUUCCUCAACUGUUGACAAUUGGCUCUGAAGAGGAGACUAACAAGACCGCACCCGACACUUCUGGUGAACAUGCUGUCAAGGCAGCAGAAGGUGUCAACACUUCUGGCAGCAGCUCUGGUUCUGCUAAUAAUACUGACCUUCCAAACCCUGAGUCAGAGUCAGAAGUUGCAGAAAACAUUGCCAGGGCUCAGUCAGAUGUAAUCCCCAGGGACAGCGGUCCGAGAGUUGUUACAGCACCGCAGAACCCGGUCGUCACAAUCCAGAAGCCAAAGCAUGACAGAUUGCUGACGCUGGCUGCAUUUGGGCUGACUCUUGCUAUCAUGGCCCUCGUGAUAAAGAAGUUCUUCAAAAUCAACGGUCUGGCUGGUUACAUUGAGGGCAAGUUUUAG